CAUUGUUGAAGGUAGUGCCCUGCUCGCGGAUCCGGAGCCAAACCCUCGGAUCCGACCCGGAGAAGCAUGGGCAUCGUCUUCUCGCGGAUGCUCUCCUCCAUCUUUGGCAACCGCGAGGCUCGAAUCCUGGUUCUCGGCCUCGACAAUGCCGGAAAAACCACGAUCCUGUAUCGGCUUCAGAUGGGGGAAGUGGUGUCCACGAUUCCAACGAUUGGAUUCAACGUGGAGACGGUGCAGUAUAAUAACAUCAAGUUCCAAGUGUGGGAUCUCGGUGGCCAAACAAGCAUCAGGCCAUAUUGGAGAUGCUACUUUCCAAAUACCCAAGCGAUUAUUUAUGUUGUCGAUUCAAGUGAUGUUGAUAGACUAGCCACUGCUAAGGAGGAAUUUCAUGCUAUUCUGGAGGAGGAUGAGUUAAAAGGCGCUGUGGUCCUGGUGUAUGCAAACAAGCAGGAUCUCCCUGGUGCUCUUGAUGAUGCUGGAGUAACCGAGUCUCUAGAACUUCAUAAGCUUAAAAACCGUCAAUGGGCCAUUUUUAAGACUUCAGCUAUUAAGGGAGAAGGACUUUUCGAGGGCUUGGACUGGCUCAGUAACACACUCAAAUCCGGUGGCGGCUAACUCCGAUACAAUUCGGCCCAAUUGUAUCCAGAUAUCUUCAGCCUUGGCCACAUGGUAAAAGAGAUGUGCAGUAUUGUUAUAAACAACAAGCAUUUACUGAUUUACACCAUGCAUCAUUUGGGUAUUUGGUAAGCAUUAAUUAACAUGAUCAAUCUGAAACUCAAAAACUCAUAUCAAGAAAACAAUACAAGCUUCAUCUAUCUCUUUUUGGGCCUUUUCCUUUGUUUGUUUGUAGGUUUUUUUUGUUAAGUAAAUUUACAUUUUUAUCCAUAUAGUUCCUUUUAGUUACUUUUCUUUUACUUUAUUUUUCCUUUAUCUAAGUACUACUAGGAAUGUGCCUAAGAUUCAUGUGCUAUCUUUUUUACAUACUGAUGUUAACUACUGUACAAGAUGAGUUGAAUCUGACCAUGAACAUGUACAGAGUCACAUCAUUAUCUUGAGCCCCACCCAAAGUUGGUCCUAUUUGAUCA